AUGUGGGCCAGUGGCGUGGGAAGCCCUCGGCGGGGCCUGGCCCCAACAUCUACUGAUGACCUCUUUGCCCGCAAGCUGCGCCAGCAAGCCCGGCCCGCGUUGACCCCACAUACCUUUGAGCCCAGGCCAACCCGGGGCCCACUCCUGCGUAGCGGUAGUGAUGCGGGUGAGGCCAGGCCCCCGACACCAGCCAGCCCCCGGGCCCGGGCCCACAGCCAUGAGGAGGCCAGUCGCCCUGCUGCGACUCCCACCCGGCUCUUCACAGAUCCACUGGCACUGUUGGGGCUGCCGCCCGAGGCACCAGAGCCCGCCUUCCCACCAGUGCCUGAACCCCGCUGGUUUGCCCACUAUGAUGUUCAGAGCCUGCUCUUUGAUUGGGCACCAAGGCUGCGGGGCCCAGUGGGUCACACAGAGGCGGCUCCUGGUGUCCUGGCCUCUGCUGAAGACCAGGUAGCUAGUUCGGACCUGCUGCUUGGGGCACCUGGCUUUGUGAGCGAACUUGGGGGUGAGGGUGAGCUAGGCCUGGGAGGGCCUGUGUCCCCACCUGUGCCCCCGAUGCUGCCCAAUGCUGCCGUAUCAGUUCUGGAGGAGCCACAGAACCGAACCUCAGCCUACAACCUGGAACACGCAGACCUGGGUGCUGGUUACUACCGCAAGUACUUCUAUGGCAAAGAACACCAGAACUUCUUCGGUCUGGACGAGGUGCUGGGCCCAGUGGCCGUGAGCCUGCGGAGGGAGGAGAAGGAGGGCAGCGGAGGGAGCACUCUGCACAGCUACCGUGUCAUCGUUCGGACCACGCAGCUCCGGACGCUCCGCGGCACCAUCUCGGAGGAUGCACUGCCACCAGGACCCCCGAGGGGCCUGUCCCCGAGGAAGCUUCUAGAGCAUGUGGCGCCUCGGCUGAGUCCAACUUGCAUGCGCCUGGGCUCUGCUUCCCCCAAGGUGCCACGCACGCUGCUCACUCUGGAUGAGCAAGUGCUGAGCUUCCAGCGCAAGGUGGGCGUCCUGUACUGCCGGGCAGGCCAGGGCUCUGAGGAGGAGAUGUACAACAACCAGGAGGCGGGACCAGCCUUCACACAGUUCCUCACCCUGCUGGGCAACGUGGUCAGGCUGAAAGGCUUCGAGAAUUACCGGGCCCAGCUGGACACAAAAACGGAUUCGACCGGCACGCACUCCCUCUACACCACGUACCAGGACCACGAGAUCAUGUUCCAUGUAUCCACGAUGCUGCCCUACACCCCCAAUAACCAGCAGCAGCUCCUGCGGAAGCGCCACAUUGGCAACGACAUUGUGACCCUCGUGUUCCAAGAGCCAGGCAGCAAGCCGUUCUGCCCCACCACCAUCCGCUCACACUUCCAGCAUGUGUUCCUGGUGGUGCGGGCGCAUGCACCCUGCACCCCACACACCUCCUACAGGGUAGCCGUGAGUCGCACCCAGGACACCCCGGCCUUUGGGCCAGCUCUGCCCCCUGGCGGAGGACCCUUCCGGGCCAAUAGCGACUUCCGGGCCUUCUUGCUAGCCAAGGCACUCAAUGGUGAGCAGGCGGCGGGCCAUGCACGCCAGUUCCAUGCUAUGGCCACGCGCACGCGCCAGCAAUACUUGCAGGAUCUGGCCACCAAUGAGGUGACCACGACGUCGCUGGAGUCAGCCUCGCGCUUCGGCCUACCCUCACUGAGCGGGAGGCGGCGGGCGCCCCCUCGGGGCCCAGGUGCCGAGCUGCAGGCGGCGGGUGCACUGGUGUGGGGCGUGCGUGCGGCACCCGGAGCACGGGGUGCGGCCGGAGGCGAGCUAGGUGGUCCAGACAGCGCUGAGGUGCCUUGCCUACUCGGCAUCUCAGCCGAAGCGCUGGUGCUGGUGGCGCCUUGUGACGGCCGCGUAGUUUUUAACUGUGCCUGUCGCGAUGUGCUGGCCUGGACCUUCUCAGAGCAGCAGCUAGACCUAUACUAUGGCCGUGGAGAGGCCAUCACCCUGCGGCUCGACGGGCCCCCUGACCAGGCUGUGGGCGAGAUCGUGGCGCGCCUGCAGUUGGUAAGCCGCGGCUGCGAGACCCGAGAGCUGGCUCUGCCCCGUGAUGGUCAAGGCCGUCUGGGCUUCGAGGUGGACGCUAAGGGCUUCAUCACGCAUGUGGAGCGCUUCACAUUUGCCGAGACGGCAGGGCUGCGGCCUGGAGCACGCCUGCUGCGCGUGUGCGGCCAAACGCUGCCUUGCCUUGGUCCUGGCGUCGCUGACCAGCUGCUGCGCACUGCACCCAAGGUCUGCGUCACCGUCUUGCCUCCAGAUGACAGCGGCCGGCCACGCAGGAGCUUUUCGGAGUUGUACAUGCUGUCACUGCAAGAGCCCAGCCGGCGGGGUGCCCCAGAGCCGGUGUCUGAGGAGGAUUCUGGGGUGGCCCUGCUGCCUGCCACAAAACAGCUUCUGCACCUGCAUCUGCACCUGCCUGAUGGCGGAGGUCCCUCUGGGCCCGGGGCCCUGGCCGAGGAGAGGACGGAGUUCCUGCACAGCCAGAACUUGCCAUCGCCCUGCAGUUCCCUGUCUGAUGAGGCCCCUGUCCUGCCCAACACCACCCCGGACCUCCUCCUAGCCACCACGGCCAAACCAUCAGCCCCUAGUGCUGACAGGGAGACACCCCCCACCCAGGACAGGUCAGGUGGUCCUCCUAGUGACUGUGAAGACACAGGCAACCCAGCCCCGGAGCUGAGGGCUUCCUUCCUGCCACGAACUUUGUCUCUGCGGAACUCCAUCAGCAAGAUCAUGUCGGAGGCAGGCAGCGAGACCCUGGAGGAUGAGUGGCAAUCUAUUUCAGAGAUCGCCUCCACAUGCAACACCAUCCUGGAGGCGCUGUCUCGGGAGGGUCAGCCCAUACCAGAGAGUGGAGACCCCAAGGGGACCCCAAAGUCUGAUACUGAGCCAGAGCCCAGGAGCCUGUCAGAAAAGGUCUCUUACUUGGAGUCCAUGCUCAGGAAGCUGCAAGAGGACCUGGAGAAGGAGAAGGCAGACAAGGCAGCUCUGGAGGAGGAGGUGCGAAGCCUGCGGAACAACAACAGGCGGCUGCAGGCCGAGUCAGAGAGCGCAGCCACCCGCCUGCUCAUGGCCUCUAAGCAGCUGGGCUCCCCCACCACCGACCUGGCCUGA